UAUGCUUCUAUUUUCACCAUUUUCUCAAGAAUGACAGCCCUUUCGCCUGAAUAACUCAAUGCCCGCAGCUAUGCUAUCAUCAGUCUCGGCGUUAUGUGUCUUGUCACUCUCAUCAACCAUGUCGUCUUAAGCCCACCCCUGAAUCCACCACUAUAUACUACGCCCCAGCAGGCAACCGACGCUAUAGUCGGACGUAACCUGAGUUGCACUGCCUUACUUAUCAUUUGGGCUAUUGGUUUGCUUCAAUGGAGCGAAAAUCUUGCUAUGCUUUCAAUUCAUACAAGAAACCAGUCCCUUAUUUUCGGGCUUGUUGCGGGAAAUAUCUCCUUGGCCUACUUGCUUUUAACCCAGUCGCAUGCGCCAGCGCAGGCUUAUUUCAACUAUACCUUGUGGCCAGCCCAUUUGGGGCUCACCAUUGGGGCUUUCUUUUAGUUGAGCACUGUUUCGUAUUAGACCUGGAUGAUAUGGGCCUACCAUCAACCAUUCUAGCUUGCAUUAGCAUCUGUCGCACUUCCUGUGUAUAUGCGAACAGGAUAUCCAAGCAUCACAACACGACUACCAAAAUCCUGGAUCUUGCAUUGGAGAUGGUUUACGAACAUCACCGUGAAUCACUCUUAGGAUUGAAAGGUCUCUUGCCCCCAUCCGACGGAGAGAGGAGGCAUGUUUGUCUUGCAGGUCUAAGAUACCCUUUGUAAGAUUAAGGAUGAAGAAAUCUCCUCUUUUGACCUUACGUCUCCCGAUGUCAAAUCAGAACAAAGAGCAUUCCAAGGUGGAGUUAAGCGGUUGUGGACCUGGAGUAUCCUUUUUGAACAAUUAUUUUUUACAGUAUGCUUUCCAAAGAAGUCCCGUAAUUAUCAAUGCGGUAAAACAGAC